AUGGCAGAAAGCAAACCAUCAGGCACGGCUUCGGAAACCAAGUGGGAUAAUCCCAAUCACCAACUAUACCUUCAUUAUUCAGACCAACCCGGUGCUAUUCUUGUGCCGCAGCCAUUGGUCGAACACAAUUACAGCACAUGGAAACAAUCCAUGACUAUGGCCUUAACGGUCAAGAACAAAGUCGGACUCAUAGACGGUUCGAUCGCAGAGCCGAAUGAAAAGAAUCCAAGUAAAUGGCAGCAGUGGAAUCGUUGCAACACGCUGGUCCAAACUUGGCUGCUAGGGUCGAUGUCAAAAGACAUCGCCAGCAGCGUGAUUAAAUGCAAGAAUGCUAGGCAGAUGUGGCUGGAACUACAGGAGAGAUUCUCACAUGUGAACGUGGUUCAACUCUUCAAUAUCGAGAACGAGAUUCAUGACUGUGUGCAGGGAAGUAUGUCCGUAGGAUCUUACUUCACGAAAUUGAAGGGACUAUGGGAUGAACGUGACGCUUUGUGCACCUUCCCAAUCUGCACUUGUGGAUCUGUCAAAGAACUGGCUGCAUACUUGGACACGCAGAAGACCAUGAAGUUCCUCAUGGGUCUCAAUGACUCAUAUGUAAGUGUUCGUAGCAACACUUUGUUGCAAGACCCCUUACCCACAGUGAACAAGGCGUACUCCCUAGUUCUGCGGCAUGAGAAGCAAUCGGAAGUGACAGCGGGUAAAGCUCAGGCACAACCGGAUGCGGCCGUGUUUGCACCUUCCCAAUCUGCACUUGUGGAUCUGUCAAAGAACUGGCUGCAUACUUGGACACGCAGAAGACCAUGA